CAAGAAUGGGACAAGCGGCUUGAACAGUAGAGCUCAGAGAGCGGUGGAGGAAGAACAAACGCAUAGAGCCUAACACCUGCCAGACUAUUUUACUAUUUUAAGUGUUAAUAUUUCCUGGAUUUGUCUAUGCCUGGAUUUGUCAUUCCGGAGUUUUCAGAGGAAGAUGACUUAAAUGAAAACGUGAGAGAUUUCUAAAGCAUCACGUAAUUUCCAUGCAUGUAAUUUGAGGAAAAGUGCUCUCUUUGCAUGAAGCAAACUUUUUGACAACUUGCGAAACCUUACCAAGCAGUGGGUCUACGUGAAGCAGUAUUACACGUUUACAUUGCCUACGGUGAUACACAUGUUCUACUAUUAGUUUGGAGGCAGAUUUCUAACGUUAUCAUUUUCGGGAAGGCUAAACAACGCCACAGAAUGUGACAUCUACUGUCUAUCGACGACGCCGACUGGGCAUACCUGCAUUGCAAGACUCCAAAGGUUAACGCUGCCGUCAUUGCUAUGGAGACCACCCAAGCCCUCUUCUUUCUCCUGAGUUUAUGUGUCUACAGUUGCCAUGCCGACGCUCGGACUGCUCCCAGAGUGCAUUUGUCUUACAAAGAGCUGAUGGAGACGCGGACGGCACGGCCCUUCUCCUUCUCCUUCAACACCAGUGACUACCGCAUCCUGCACAUGGACCAGGACCAGGGCCGUCUCUACCUGGGCAGCCGGGAGUACCUGGUGGCCCUGGACAUGCACAACAUCAACAAGGAGCCCCUCAUAAUUCACUGGCCUGCCACUACCCAGAGGAAAGGAGAGUGUAGAAUGACUGGAAAGGGUGGGCAGGGGGAGUGUGCAAACUUUGUGCGUCUGAUUGAACCCUGGAAUCGCACACACCUGUACACCUGUGGCACAGGGGCCUAUAAGCCUAUCUGCACCUUCAUCAACAGAGGAUGGAGAGCAGAGGAGUACCUAUUUAGGUUGGUCCCUGGCUACGGGGACUCAGGGAAAGGGAAAUGCUCAUAUGACCCUCGACAGGAGAACGCUGCGGCCCUUAUCAAUGGGAAUCUGUAUGCAGGGGUCCACGUUGACUUCAUGGGCACGGACCCGGCCAUCUUUAGAACCCUGGGGGACAGACCUGCUGUCAGGACGGAGCAAUAUGAUUCCCGCUGGCUGAAUGAGCCAGUGUUUGUUAAGAUCCAGCAGAUUCCUGACAGCUCCGAGAGGAAUGAUGAUAAACUCUACUUCUUCUUCCGGGAGAAGAGUCUGGACGGUGCCGGGGGGGCCAGCCCCAGUGUCCUGGCCAGGGUGGGCCGAGUAUGCCUGAAUGAUGAUGGGGGUCAGAGGUCACUGGUCAACAAGUGGACGACCUUCCUGAAAGCUCGGCUGGUGUGCUCAGUGAUAGGGAGCGAUGGUGUGGAGACCUAUUUCGACGAGCUGAAGGAUGUCUUUAUUCAGCCAACACAAGACCUUCGCAAUCCUGUUGUGUAUGCCGUCUUUUCCACUGCGGGUUCUGUGUUUAAGGGCUCAGCCGUGUGUGUCUAUUCUAUGUCCGACAUCCGCAAUGUCUUCAAUGGCCCUUUCUCACACAAGCACGGACACAACUACCAGUGGACCCCAUACACUGGAAAGAUCCCCUACCCUCGCCCUGGAACAUGUCCAGGAGGAACGUUCACCCCAGGCCUCCGCUCCACCAAGGAGUUUUCGGAUGAGGCGGUGAACUUUGUGAGGGCGCACCCCCUCAUGUACCACUCUGUCUACCCCAUACACAAGCGGCCUCUGGUGGUGCGAACGGGGGUGGACUACCGCUUCACCUCCAUCGUGGUGGACCUGGUGGAUGCUGUGGACGGGAGGUAUGAGGUGCUCUUCCUGGGCACCGAUCGUGGGACAGUCCAAAAGGUGAUAGUACUUCCUAAAGACACUAGCACAACGGAAGAGCUCACGUUAGAGGAGGUGGAGGUGUUCAGGACUCCAGCUCCUAUUAAGACUAUGAAGCUCUCAUCAAAAAGGCAACAGCUGUAUGUGUCGUCAGAGAUGGGGCUUACCCAGGUGUCCCUGCACAGGUGUGGCGUCUAUGGGAAGGCCUGUUCAGACUGCUGCCUGGCCAGAGACCCUUACUGUGCCUGGGAUGGGGAGACCUGCUCUGCCUUUAGCCCCUCCACCAAGAGGCGGAGCAGAAGACAGGAUAUUAAGCAUGGAGACCCCUUGCGGCAGUGCAGAGGGUUCAAUGCAAAAGUUGAGAAGCGUCUCAGUGAAACAGUACAGUUUGGGGUGGAGGGGAGUAGCACGUUCCUGGAGUGCCAACCCAGGUCUCCACAAGCGACAGUCAAAUGGCUCUACCAGAAACCAGACGGCAGGAGGAAAGUGCUGAGCCGAGACAGAGAGGUACUGAAGACUGGUCACGGCAUCCUGCUUAAGUCUCUGAGCCAUGCCGACGGGGGGCUGUACAACUGCCUUGCCACCGAGAACAACUUCAAGCACACGGUGACACGCGUGGCCCUCCGCAUCCUGGACCGGGAGAUUGUGGAGGCCCUCACCUCCCCGGACGGCCCCCCGGAGGACCAGAACCCUCAUCACCACCGACACCCCCACCACCACCCUCCGCCUCCACCACCCCCUCCUCACAACCUGCCCCCGCAGUUCUCCUCCCAGCCAGAGAUCCGCCUCAUCAACCAGUACUGUCAGUCCUACUGGCAGCAGCUCAACCUCAACCUGCCCACCAAACGCACCAGCAGGCGGCACACUGAGAGCCAGCCAGAGCCAGCCCCGGGGGCCCGUAGCCACUCCUAGACCCCAUCUCCCUCACUCUACUUCACUGGUACCCGGGCCACUGUGGCCCUGCACAAUGGUAACGGGCAGACUCACUCAUGUUGUUGUGAUUUUGUUGUUGUUGUUGUUGUUUAUCUCACUCCCAUUUAGGGUUAGUCUCCAUGAGCCCAAUCCUAACUUUAGAUCUGUGCACAUAGCUCUGUGGUUUCUUGCAAAGUUGGUGUUACACACACGGAGUGUUUGGUCAUAUGAAUCUUUAGAUUAAUCUGCAAAUUAACUACCCUAUUCCGUCCAAGCUAGUAACCUGGUUAGUAACCUGUAACUAGUUAGUAAUUAGGAACCUGAAUGGAAUCCCUGUUCCCAUAAGCCCAGGUAUUAUCAAUUGGACCACUACUUAUGUUAUAUUAUGAACUGGGUGGUUCGAGCCUUGAAUGCUGAUUGGCUGACAUCCGUGGUAUAUCAGACCGUAUACCACAGGUAUGGCAAAACAUGUAUUUUUCCUGCUGUAAUUAUGUUGGUAACCUGUUUAUAAUAGCAAUAAGGCACCUCGGGGGUUUGUGGUAUAUGGCCAAUAUACCACGGCUAUGGGCUGUAUCCAGGUACUCCGCGAUGCUUAGUGCCUAAGAACAGCCCUUAGCCGUGGUAUAUUGGCCAUAUAACACACCCCCUCAUGCCUUAUUGUUUAAGUAUGUCACAUUGUAUUGUAUCACUCAGUAUAAGACAUUUUAGAAACUGCAGAGGAUUUUGUUAGUGUACACAAUAGUUGCCUAGCCACCACCAUGGUAGUUAGGUGAUAUAGAGACACUGUAUCAUAUGAAUCAUUGUAAAAUGUGUCACAUGUUGUAUGGCUGCCUCACCCUCACUUUUUACAAUCCAUUUGUUCCACUGAAUCUAGUUGAUGAAACAUGGGCAAUUUAAUAGUAUUACGUAUAUUAUGUUUCCAUUCUAAAUAUUGUUACAAUAGAAUCCUGCCAAUGUCAAAUCAGAAAGAAUAAGGCUCAGUUUUGGGUCGUUCUUGAAUUGCGGUGGCAUCUGGCCUUGGCAUUUUGGCAAAAUACUUUUUUAAUGUUUAAAAAAUGGGUUCUAUUCUAAAUCAACUAAUGUGGAAGUUUAACGAUUAAUGACUAAUUAUUUGUACCAUUAUGAUUACAUUGUGCCACCAGUAGGAGUAGUGUGACACAUGACACAUUUAAGGUAAUUGAGGAUUUUCUUAAAUGGAGGCCACAAAUGUUCAAAUCUAAGGUCACAAUGACAUUUCCCUUCAUUUAAAUUGAGUAACACCAAUGACACUUUGCAUUUACACAUACUAAAUGAUCAAUGGAAUCUUCAAAUUUGUGACAUAGUAAAAGGGUGUGAUUAGCUAAUAACUUUCUUUAAUACCCCUCCCUCAAUAACAAUUUGCCACUCGAGGGAUUGCUAAAUGUCCUUCUAUAACACCAAUGACAUAAAACUUAGGGUCACAUAAUAUUUGUAAAAAUAUAAAAACAAUAAUUGGUUUUAUUGAUCUUUGCCAGGGAUGGGCAACGGCGGCUCACUUUUGUAGGCCCGUGGAUCAACCCCCUCCCCUCCCCCCAACUUAAUGUUGAGAGUUAGAAUAGUAGAAUACACAAGGUUCAAUUUUGUAAUUUGUUUGUGCAUCAGCAGUUUUUCUCUUGUUAUGUCAGUCACUGACAGUCACUCAAUUAGCUCAUGUUUAGGUUGGCAGGUUUGAAUCCCUGAGCCGACUAGGUGAAAAAAAUCUGCCGAUGUGACCUUGAGCAGAUCUAUGUCAGGUUUGGACUUUUCAUGAAUCCACUGCUCUUUCUCUCACCCACGCCAUGAAACAUAUUUAUUUUGAGACUGUACAUAUUCCUAUAAGUUCUGCACAUUGGUGGUAGGGGUGUAAGGGCUGGGAUGGGAUAGGGAAUAUUAUUAUGAUCUAUUGUUGAUUGACAGGACCAAUAUUCACAGAAAGAGGCUUUCAUGAAAAAUAGGUAGACCUUUUUGGAAAUUGAAAAUACUAAUAUUUGAAUGAAUGAAUGAUUAUGGAUAGGAAGCCAUAAUACUGUAGUACAGCAAUGUGCUGAGCAAGGCACUUAACCCUAGUUGCUCUGGAUAAGAGCAUCUGCUUAAAUGUUUCACCAAAACAUAUUUUUUUGAUAGCUGGCUAAACUAACUCACCUAUCUAAAUCUGUAGUAAUCAUGAUCGAAUUACUGACUUUGAUUUUGUUAGUCACACUCACUCAGAUAUCAUAGGAAAUUAGCUGUAAAACUCCAAAUUAUUAUCUCCUCCCCAUGGCAAAAUGAGUAGAAUUGCAUGAAAUUUGUGGGCCCCUCAUGAUGAGUUCAGAUUUGUGGUGCCCCCCCCAUCCAAGUUGUCCAUCCCUGAUCUAUAUAAUAUAUGAUAUACUUUUGUUUACUUUCUAGCAUUCAAAAUAAUAGAUAGAUAACCCUAAAACAUGUUACUACAACUCUACUCAUCACUACUGGGACAAUCCAAUUUGCUUUCCCUAAAUACUUUAAACAAUGCCUAAACAUAAAGUCUUGCAGUAUAAAGUUCUUGCAUUAGAAUUUGUCAUUUAUAAACAGUUCAAUAUAAACAAAAGCAUGUAUGAUGUGUAACUAUUUGUCUUUUUCAAUCGUUUUUCAUGGUGGCAAAAGCGAUGGACGCAAAUGCCACCGCAAUUCAAGAAUGACCUGUUUACAUGUUUUUCGUCUGCCAUUUCUUAAGAUUCUGAUAUAAUUUAUUUUAAAACAUGACAUUUCACAGAAAAUGUGGAAUAUCAGACACUCCUGCUUAAUUUGACCAAACAUUUGUUAGCAGGAAGAAACUGACCAAAUUAGUCUCUACUUCUUUUUAUUGGUUGGAAUCCUGGGGUUAUGCAAUUUAAAAAAAUAUAUGGUUUUACCCAAUACUAUACUUACUGAACACAAAACCAUUAGUGUCAGCUAAAAAGCUAUCCAAGUCUAAUGUUUGAGUAAAUUGCUUCGACCUUGUGCUUCUUUCUGCUCAGCACUUCAACAGUGUGUUAGGCAGAGACAAAAUGUUGGACCAAACGCUGUUCCAUUCUCCAGCCAAGACUAUCGAGGGAUUAAAAAAGGAACAUGUAAAUAGAGCAAGUUUGGUUUGGAAUGAUUCAUUCAGAAAAAGAGAUUCAUUAGCUGUUGAUAAUUGCAGUGAGAAAAGAAAAUGGAGACAGUAUAGGGGUUUGCCUUUGUGUUGCUUCGAAAUGGCAGUACAUAUUCUCUCUUCAGGAGUUACAUUACUUUUACAACAGCUUGACAUCAGAUGAGAAACUGAUCCAACAGAAACUGGACUGGAAGGCUCUUUAAAAUGUGACUAUGUGACAUGGCUACACUGUAGUUUUCUUGUCCUCUAGAGAUGAGUCAUUAGUAUACUCACUAGCACUCAACUGGCUCUAUCAUGUGCUUUUGUUGGAUACCACACGUAUUCAGUGCAUUCAUAUGGUAUGAAAACAUGUAAAGGACUUUUAGAUCUCACAGAUCUAUGUCAGGUUUGGACUUUUCAUGAAUCCACUGCUCUUUCUCUCACCCACGCCAUGAAACAUAUUUAUUUUGAGACUGUACAUAUUCCUGUAAGUUCUGCACUUUGGUGGUGGGGGUGUAAGGGCUGGGAUGGGGUAGGGAAUAUUAUUAUGAUCUAUUGUUGAUUGACAGGACCAAUAUUCACAGAAAGAGGCUUUCAUGAAAAAUAGGUAGACCUUUUUGGAAAUGAAAAAUAUUAAUAUUUGAAUGAAUAAAUGAUUAUAGAUAGGAAGCCAUAAUACUGCAGUACAGCAACGUGCUGACAGAUGACUCAACUCUGAAGCCAAAGAAUCCUCUAUUUGAAUGGAAACGUGUUCUAUUUAAAGGUCCAAAGGAGCCAUUUUUAUAUCAAUAUCAAAUCCUUUAUGGGUAACAAUUAAGUACCUUACUGUGAUUGUUUUCAAUUAAAAUUGUAAAAAAUAAACAAAAAUAGCUUCUUAGCAAAGAGCAAUAUUUCAAGUAAUAAUUUAGCUUGGACUGUCUGGGAGUUGUGGGGCCUAAUUGGAGGAGCCUAAUGGGAGGGAUAUGUAACCCGAAAACGAUCUGUUAUUGGUGGAGAGGUUUAAAACUCUUUGUUAUUGGUCUAAUAACUUAUACCACCUGUUGAUGUCGCCAGGCAGACCAAAACUCCAUCCAACUAAAACAGGCAGAAAUUUCAGGUGGUCUUUUCAAACCGCUCUUACACUAAAAGGGCAUUAUGAUAAUUUUCACAAUUUCACAGUAUUAUUCCAACCUCAUAGUGUGGAAAUAUAAAUAGAAAACACAGAAAAUCACAUUUUUGACUGCACUGGGCCUUUAACAUAUUUUUCACUAUAUUCACGUUCUUUGUGGCUUUACAUGGCUUCUUUGCCUUUUCUGAGCUAUAGAGUUUGAAUCCAGAAAUGUCUACCUGUCUCGUUUCUGGAAUAUUAUUUGUAAUAAAAGAAAAGUCACUCAAACAAAACAAUGUAACGCUUGGUACCAUAUUCCUUCUAGAGUAUGUCUGUGACCUGAUUCAAGAGUGACAUGAGUAAAUUAAAAGGGAGUUACGGGUGAAUAAAGAACACAUUUCAUUCAGUAACUAUAAAAUUAUUUUGUUCACAAAACUAUUAAUUGGUGUCAGCCAACUUGGCCUUUUAGAGAGGCCUUUCCACUCCCUACUGCGUCUAACCAGUCAGCCAAUCAGAGUGGCUUAUAUGCAAGCCACAAUGGUUGGCUUCAGCAGGAAAUUCCGCUGUGGCUUAGUGCAGGUCACAACCCUUCGCAGAAGGAAUACUGCGCAUUUAGUGGUUCUUUGUCUUGCUGUUUUUUGGGCUUGUGUGUUUGUCAUUGAGCUAUGUUGACUAUAUCUGCAUUUUGUCUUUGUACUCCUAGAUGUGUUUGUGUUAGUUUAAAUUGAUAUGGUUGUUUGUAAUAAAUAUUAUUUUAUUAUUAUGA